AUCUCCCAGCAGAAGGCGCAGCCAUGAAUCCGUUAUUCGGUCCCAACCUCUUCCUCCUACAGCAGGAGCAGCAGGGCCUGGCCGGGCCGCCGGGGGACCCUCUGGGAGGCGACCGCUUCGCGGGGGGUGGGGACGCGUCCCCGUCGCCGCGCGCCCCUCCGGGCCCGGCUGCCUACUCGCCGCCCGGGCCGGGCCCCGCGCCCCCCGCCGCCAUGGCCCUCCGCAACGACCUGGGCUCCAACAUCAACGUGCUCAAGACCCUGAACCUCCGCUUCCACUGCUUCAUGGCAAAGGGGCACUACCUGGAGCGCCGCAACCGGCUGCUGGAGAAGCAGCUGCCAUCAGCCGCUGGAGGAGGACAAGCAGGCCUGGGGCUGGCGCCCCGAAACUAGCCCGUCAAGACCGGUUUCGUCAGCCUCAUCCGGCCCCUGGGGCUGCCCCUUGGUAUCCAUCCAGUCACUGCUGUUUACUGGGAUUCGACCGCGCGCUCGCCCGCCGGCCCCCUCGCGCCCCGCCCCGCCGCCUGCCACUCCUCGCCCUCCGCCUCCACCUCCGCCGCCUUCUCCUCGUCGGCCCGCUUCAUGCCCGGCACCAUCUGGUCCUUCUCCCACGCCCGCCGGCUCGGCCCGGGACUGGAGCCCAUGCUGGUGCAGGGGCCUGGCCUGUCGUGGGUGCACCCCGACGGGGUGGGCGUCCAGAUCGACACCAUCACCCCCGAGAUCCGCGCCCUCUACAACGUGCUGGCCAAGGUGAAGCGCGAGCGGGACGAGUACAAGCGGAGGUGGGAAGAGGAGUACACGGUGCGGAUGCAGCUGCAAGAGCGAGUGCAUGAGCUCCAGGAGGAAGCCCAGGAGGCUGACGCCUGCCAGGAGGAGCUGGCGCUGAAGGUGCAGCAGUUGAAAGCUGAGCUAGUGGUCUUCAAAGGGCUUAUGAGCAACAACCUGACUGAGCUGGACACGAAGAUCCAGGAGAAGGCCAUGAAGGUAGACAUGGACAUCUGCCGCCGCAUCGACAUCACCGCCAAGCUCUGCGAUGUGGCUCAGCAGCGCAACUGUGAGGACAUGAUCCAGAUGUUCCAGAAGAAACUGGUCCCAUCCAUGGGGGGGCGGAAGCGGGAGCGCAAGGCUGCCACCGAGGAGGACCCCUCCCUGUCGGAGAGUGACGGGCCCCGCCAGCCCCAGGGGGAUGAGGAGGAGAGCACAGCCCUCAGCAUCAACGAGGAGAUGCAGCGCAUGCUCAACCAGCUGAGGGAGUAUGAUUUUGAGGACGACUGUGACAGCCUGACUUGGGAGGAGACUGAGGAGACCCUGCUGCUGUGGGAGGAUUUCUCAGGCUAUGCCAUGGCAGCGGCAGAGGCCCAGGGAGAGCAACAGGAAGACAGUUUGGAGAAGGUGAUUAAAGAUACCGAGUCCCUGUUCAAAACCCGGGAGAAAGAGUAUCAGGAAACCAUUGACCAGAUAGAGCUGGAGCUCGCCACGGCCAAGAACGACAUGAACCGGCACCUGCAUGAGUACAUGGAGAUGUGCAGCAUGAAGCGGGGCCUGGACGUGCAGAUGGAGACCUGCCGCCGGCUCAUCACCCAGUCUGGGGACCGAAAGUCUCCUGCUUUCCCUGCGGUCCCGCUUAGCGACCCGCCGCCGCCGCCUAGCGAGACUGAGGACUCCGAUCGAGAUGUCUCAUCUGAUAGCUCCCUGAGAUAGGGACCUGCCUCUGGUCCCCCCAUGGGAACGCACCUCCUCGCAUCUCCUCGCAGAGUCGGGGUUCGCAGAAGGGAACUUCCUUUGUCCCGGCUGCACCAAGCCUGGCCCCGGGACAGGGCCGCUCCUCCCUCGGGCUUCCUCCCUCGGUCCGGGGCCUCUCCAGGUUCUAGGGUCUGGAGCAAGGCUUGGCCUGCCCUUCCCAGGCGACUCCUGCCACAGCUGGGGCUCUCCUGACCUCAUGCGUGGGCGCCUGCUCCUCCCCAUCUUUAAAAUGCUGCCAGUGCGACUGUGGCCCCGCAGCUUCUCCAUUGAAUAAGGAAUGUGAUAGUCAGAUCCCCCCACCCCCGUGGCCUAGCGCCAGCUCACGUCUGAUUCUGUCCUGGUGCUAACUGGCCCAGGCACUGGUACGAGUGGGUCAGGCUGGACGUCCCGGGCGUGUGCAACACCGGCAGUGGGAGAGGGGUCCCUCCGUGUGGCAGGACAGGGCGUGAAGUCCUCCCUCUGUUGUCCAAGUGCUCCGGUCACCUGCCUGUGGACGGUAAGGACGUGGCAUGACCCCUCCCUCAUGGAAAUGCCAUUUUGAAGGAGUCUCUGUGCCCCUUGCGUAGUGGCUUCUGGGUCCGACUGGGUGCAGUAUCAUGGAGAUUGGAAGCUCUUGUCUCCCAGUCACUGCUGAGUGACAGAAAGGUGAAGCUACAGAUGUGUGUGUGUGCACAGGUGUGUGCGUGCUCAGGGUCUUGGUGUCCAGGCUCAGCGGAUGUGCCUCCUCCGUGUCUGUCACAUAGAGACCGACAGGCCGAGGAAGAUGUCCGCCCUUGGAAAACCUCGGAGAAACUGGGGAGACGGGAUUGAGGCCUUAGCUAACUGCCGGGAGCUGUGCCGAGCUGACAUGUGAAUGGAAUCUUUAUUAAGAAUGAAACUGGAGUAUUUAUUGAA